UUUAGGGCACCAGAUCAUUAAACAUUGAGAUCGAGAGGAGCCGACAAUGUCGUAUUUUAUCGCAGAGGUUUUUCACAUUUUAUUCGUGUUGCAGUUGAUUGGUAGCUAUUCUGUAGCCUCUCAAUACGUGAUAAGUGAUGUACCAGGGCUUGGAAGGCGGUUUGAUGGAAUUGGCGGACUCAGUGGUGGAGGAGCUACGUCCAGGUUAUUGGUGAAUUAUCCUGAGCCGUAUCUGGAUCAGAUCCUGGAUUAUCUCUUCAAGCCAAAUUUUGGAGCAUCACUUCACAUCUUAAAGGUUGAGAUUGGUGGAGACUCACAAAGCACUGACGGAACUGAGUCAUCGCAUAUGCAUUCAGCUAACGAUGAGAAUUAUCAGAGAGGAUAUGAAUGGUGGCUGAUGAAGGAGGCUAAAAAGCGCAAUCCAAGCAUCAAGCUGUAUGGCCUUCCUUGGGCUUUCCCCGGCUGGAUUGGGAAUGGCCAACAAAGUCCCUAUGUCAAUAUCGAUGUCACUGUUGACUACAUCAUCAAAUGGAUACAAGGAGCAAAAACUCACCACAAUUUAACCAUUGAUUAUAUUGGGAUUUGGAAUGAAAGGCCAUAUAACUCUACAUACAUCAAGACCUUGAGAUCCUCUCUAAACAAAGCUGGCCUCAGCCAUAUAGCAGUGGUUGCUGCUGAUGGAAAAUUAGCAAUCAGUCGUGAUAUCUUGAUGGAUAAAGCAUUGGCUGCAGCUGUUCAGAUUAUAGGGUUGCAUUACCCCGGAACUCAUGUCACCAACUACACGUUGGAAACUGGCAAGACCAUCUGGGCAUCGGAAGAUUACAACACGCACAAUAAUGAAGUUGGGGCAGGAUGUUGGGCCAGGACCUUGAACCAGAACUACGUGAAUGGAAUGAUGACUUCUACAAUCUCCUGGAACCUGAUCGCAUCUUACUACGACGCUUUGAAAUAUGCACGUGCCGGACUUAUGACAGCCAACGAGCCAUGGAGUUCGCACUUUGAGGUCACUGAUACAAUCUGGAUAUCGGCUCAUACCACUCAGUUUACUGAUCCGGGAUGGAUGUAUUUGAAGCACAAGUCUGGAGUGCAGCGUCUUGACAAAGGAGGAAGCUUUGUAUCCAUGACAGACGGUGUUAAUUUGACCAUAAUUAUAGAGACUAUGAGCUAUGAUCACUCAAAGUGUACCUGGCCCUACUUACCACCUUACAGUGUGGCAGCCCAGACAGCCAAGUUUACUCUCCAAGGCAGUUUUGCCAAAGUUAGCAGUCUCAAUGUGUGGUAUUCCAAGCUUACGUUCAAUGGCCAGUCAUCAACAAUAUUUGUCAAGAAGAAUCCAAUUAAGGUUGUGAAUGGCAGUUUCACCUUAAGUCUGAAUCCUGAUGAGGUCUACACCCUGACAACCACUGAGAGGGGUUAUAAGGGGAACUACCCUACACCCCCGCCAUCUGCCCCCUUCCCUGUACCUUACUCAGAUAACUUUGACAAUUACCCAGAAUUCAGUGAAGCUAGUAACUUUGCUGACCAGGCCGGUGUUUGGGAGAUUCGAGAGUCUGGUGACCCGACUCAUAAAUUGGUGAUGGAACAGGUUGUCCUUGAGUCACCAGUCCAUUGGUGUCCAGCGGCUGAGUCUCCUAUCUCUGUCAUUGGCAACUACUCCUGGCAGAAUGCCGACGUUUCUGUUGAUGUCAAGCUUGGAGAUAAUACCGGUGCAUUUCUUGCUCAACGUAUCAACGAUGGUGGCUGUAAGGUUGUCGUGGCAACAGGACUGUUCUUUAUUGUUUACUCCAAUGGGACAUUUGCUGUUUACUCGGACAUACAUCACCGAUUCCUGCUGAAUUCCGGUCAAGUUGAUGUCAAGAGUGACAUGUGGUUCAACAUGCGGCUUCUGAUUCAGGACAGCAAAGCUACAGGAUUCGUCCAAGGCAAGACGGUGUUCACUGCAUCACUAGAUCCUAAGACAAUCCCCAGUCAUGGAUUCGUUGCCAUGGGAAUGCCUAACUAUGCAUCAGCGCAGUUUGAUAAUUUUGACAUAAUUUCAGCAUCUUAGAUUGAUAGCUCAGUGCCAGGUACUUACAUGUGUAACAUGAUCAGUUAUAACUGACCUGUAACUU